AGCCAAAGCUCUUAGCCCCCCCUCAUUGUGUAAGCUCUCUCUCUUCACAAUUUUUUUCUUUUUCUUUGCUUCAAAAAUCGACACUUUGGCUUAGAGUUUGAUUCGACAUUGUCACACACAAAUUGACAUGACCGCGAAGGAAUGCGACCACCACGAGGAGGAGGAGCACCGCCUCCACCGGCGGCUCUUCUCCCUCCUCCUUGGUCUCAUCGUCCUUGCCCUCUUCAUCAUCUUCCUCGUCUUCCUCAUCCUCCGCCCCGCCAAGCCCGCCUUCGUCCUCCGUGACGCCACCAUCUACCAGUUCAAUGCCUCCGCUGUCCCGAGCCUCCUCACCACUGACAUGCAGGUCACGCUGUCGUCCCGAAACCCCAACGAGAGGAUCGGCAUCUACUACCAGAAGCUCAACAUAUUCGCGUCGUACCGGGGGCAGCAGAUAACGCUGCCAACGCUGCUGCCGGAGAGCUACCAGGCUCACAAGGAGGUGAUCGACUGGUCGCCGUUCUUGUAUGGGAGCGCCGUGCCAGUGUCGCCGUUCCUUACGGCAGCUUUGGAACAGGACCAGAACGCAGGGAGUGUGCUGGUGAACAUAAAAGUGGAUGGAAGUGUGAAGUGGAAGGUUGGGACGUGGGUCUCGGGCAAGUAUCACCUUCAUGUCAACUGUCCAGCCUUGCUGGUGUUCAAAGAACCGAGUGGUGGUAUCGCUGUUGGACCCUCCAUGAAGAUUCAGCUCACUCAACACUGUACUGUUGAUGUGUAGAGAGACAAAGUGAGGAAGUGUUAGAUCUCACCCCCCUUCUCUCUCUCUCUCUCUCUCUCUCUCUCUCUCUCUCUCUCUCUCUCUCUCUCUCUCUCUCUCUCUCUCUCUCUCCCUCUCUCUCUCUCUUUCUCUCUCUGUCAAUGCAGUUUGUUUGCCUUUUCCUCUCUCUUUUUCUCCCUGUUAAUCGAAAAUGCAUCAACUGAGGUAAAUUUCAGUGUCUUUUCUUAUUCUUUUCUUGCCGUUUCUGGCUUCGUCUAGCUCUCCUAUGCUUGUUUUAGGCGAUAUAUCUAUUGUGUGCUGUGAAGAUGGGGACUGAACAUUGCUGUGAAAACAAGAGAUAGGGGCACGAGCGAGACCAUUUGAGCU